CUGCUGCGCUCGUGCUCGUGCUCGUCUUCGGCCGGUGUCCAGUCAGUUCGGACGCGCUGGAGCGGCGAGCCUGGCUGGAGACGCACGACUUACUUUUGCGGCCGACCUUCUCUCAGUGAUGGGAUUGAUAUUUCGUCCUUAAAACGUGUGUUUGAAGUUGGAGAAGAGGUGACCCUUACGUGCGAAGAAGGGUACCUGCCUUCAGCCGCAACACCUCCCAGAAUAUCCUGCACUUCCACAGGAGAGUGGACACAAUCUAACCUGGCAUGCUCCCAGGUGAACUGUGGCAUCCCAGUAAACAUACCCAACGGCCACAUCACAUUUGCUGUGAUGAGACCACAUGGCUACAAGGAGAAAGUGAAGUACGCUUGCGCUGAUCACUACACUCUGGACGGUCAGGCUGAGAUCCAAUGUCAAAACACAGGAAAUUGGUCAUCAAUGCCUGUCUGCAGGGCUCCCUGCACAGUUGGCAUAAAGAGAGGCCGAAUCUUUUACAAUGCCAAGAAGCUUUGGAUUCAAGACCUGAAACCAAACAGAGUCCUCCACGGAGAGCACGUUGUCUUCUAUUGCCUGAACAAAGCCGAGAAGUGUGGCUAUCCUGUAGCCAGCACGUGUAAAGAUGGAACCCUCCCCAUCCCAGAAUGCUUUGAGGUAUGCAUUAGACCCGAGCUGACUGGCAACAUCGUGAUUGCUGGAAUCCAGAAGUCCUUUGGCCCCGGGGUGGUUUUAGCACUGUCCUGUCAACAAGGAUACACCCCAGUGUCCGGUCCCCCUGUGGAAUGUGGUCUUGCACCAGUCCCAAAGAAUGGAAUGGUAAUUUAUGACAAGAAAGUCAGAGGGAACACGACUGAAUACAGCCUCACAGCUACAUACGUAUGUCUGCCUCCAUAUGCAAUCUCUGGUGACCCAACAGCAGAGUGCACUGCCAGCGGGGCCUGGACCAAAACACCUGAAUGUCAAGAUCAGAAGCCACUUGGCACAUGGACAGUGAAACAAGGACAAACUCUGACCUGUUCAGCGGUCUUCAACUUACAGACCAAGGAGUAUGUUGCCGUCUCGGACAACAAGGUGAUAAGAAUUUGGAAAGAAGAAGACAUCAUAUUGGAUAAGGCCUUCAAAGCAACAGUGUCAGCAGAUGUCUGGAUGGUGCACUGCGCUCGUGGAGGAGAGCCUUUGGUGUUGUUUCAGAGGGGAGCCGUGAGAGUUCUGGACUCCCUGCUUUGUGACCCACAGCAGCCCAUAGAGGAGGUCCUUGCUCCAGAGGAGACCAUUAGGUGGAGCACCAGUGUUGUGGCAGAGACCCAGCAGCUUCUCAUUUUCAGAACUGAACUGAAAGGAGAUCAUUUCCUCUACCUGCAGAGACUGAAUCCCAGCUCUGUUCAGAAGUACCGACUUGAGGGCGAGGAGUCCGGACACACUCCGCUCAGCUUCUCCGCCUCGUACAGGGACAAACACAUCCACCUGCUUUAUCUCUACCCUAACGGUCACGUGUACCAGAGCGUGAUCUCGGUGCGGGCUCCAGAGGCUGACGUGGCGGCCCCUGCUGUCCUGCUGCCCCGCAGCCUGGUGCUCAGUCUUCCUGGAGCUGGGGACCUGCUGGAAGCGGCAUCCGCCGUGGUGCUGGAUGAUGCCCAUGUGGCUGUGGUGGGGGUUCCGCACCCAUCGGCUGGAGCUGGGAAAGGCCAAGGUUCCCUGUCCUUCCAGCUGCUGGGUGCUGAUGGAGGACUGUAUGACUUUGGUAGACUAUUGUAUCUGCUCUCCACUGUGAGGGGGCCGGCUGUCCCUUACCACAACUUAACAGCAGUUUACAACCCAAAAACCAGUUGCAUGAAUCGAACUUUAUGGAGCUACUCAAACAAGUUGUUCAUUCCGCAUGGGAAAACCCUUUCCGUCAUACCGUUUGCAUGCCCCAAAUCGUCCCUUGCUUCUGCUCUGGGAAAGCUGAAGCAGGCCAAGACGGAAGAGUCCAGGCCUCUGGCUUUUGUGCCAUCUUGGAAUAAUAUCCUGCAUGGAGACAUAGGACGGGCCCCUAAAGCCGUGGAGGGCAGGAAGACGAGAGGGACCCGUAAGACACAGCCGGCUGCUAAUUUAACCACUGACCAAGUGCUAGAGCUCGUCAAGACGGCCCCAGUGGAGGAAGUAAAGCAGGGGGUACAGGGUCUGCUGUCCAGGCAUGACCUCACAGACCUGCAGCCCUCGUUGGGUCAGCUAGUGUUCACCCUCGUGUCCCGGAGCAUGGCUGAUCCAGCUUUGUACUUGCCUGGCAUCCUGGCACAGCUUGUGCAAACCCGGUACCUCUGCCACAGUGUGUGUCCUGAUCUUUUGCUGCUGGCCCUGGAGAAGAAGGAUUACUUUCUGUGUCAGCUAUGCAUGCAGGUCUUCCCUGACAUCCCAGAGGCCUUCACCUGUGCCUGUCUCAAGGCAUUCCUCAGUUUGCCAGAUGUUGAUGCCGAAAAGUUGAGCCUGGAUCCUGACAGCGUCUCUUUCAUGGAAACCCUAGUCUUAAAAGAGCUUAGCCAGGAGGGCCUGCAGAACGGUUUUAGUCCCACCUCCACUAAGGAGGACUACUCGGACGACAUCGGCGGCCAGCAAAGCCGGACAGAUGAGGCCACACCACCAAAAGAGAUUUGCCCAGUGGGAUUACACAAAGCUGUUCUACUAAAUGAAGUCCUGCAGACGGCGUACAGCGAUACCUUCCUCCUCCCACAUCUAAAGGAUCUCUCCUCUCAACAUAUCAUGGAUUGGAUUUGUAUGCUGUUGGAUGCCCAUUUUACAGUUCUAGUGAUGACUCCGGAGGCCAAAGACUUACUGCUGAACCUCCACCGUUCCGUGCAGUUUCAGGUGAAGGUGUUUUCAGAGCUCGGGAAGAUUGAAGGCAGCCUCCAAGUACUCAAAAAGAUGAAGGCAAACAGGGACGUUGGACAAUACUCCAUAGAAGUAAUUGAGCUGUUUUAGUAAAAAAGUGUACAGAAACAUUUUUAAAAAUCCAACUCUCAAUUUUCAGAUAAAGAUGGUGAUAUAUUACAGUGCUUUUUGGCACAGAUGUUGCCUGUUUAAAGGGUCGACUGUUUCACAAAAAAUCCUCAUGUAACUGCCUUUUGUAAAAUUGUUGAAUCUCUUGUAUUUUUGGUGUGUUUGCAUGUUGGAUUCGCAGUUCACACAUUUUCAAAUGGUUAAUUAUGCGAUAGUGAAAUGUAUGAAAAAACACUUUGUACAACAAAAUUGUAACAGUUUUUUUACUUUUAAAUUUCAGUUAGUCUGUGUUAUUUGGUGUAUGUAUGUGUCAAAACACAGCGGAAUAUUUGUAAAUCUGUCAAAGAAUAUAUCAGGAGGGGGGAUCAUUUAGAUGCCAUUUUUUUAUUAAAAGCUGCUGUCAAAUUCCAGCCCAGUGAAUGGAUUUUGGACCCAAAAAAGUUGUAAUGUGUUUAUUGGUAUUUGUUGUUGGAUAUAGAUCAAAAGAAAAACAUGUGGUUAU